AUGAUGCAUUGGCAAUUGUUAUAUUUUAUUAUAUUAUUACCGCUGAUAAUUAUUAAAUCGAAUGCAUCAUUUUUGUAUAAUACAAAUGAUAAUUCAAAAACAAUCUUCGAUUGUUUUGAUUCGUAUAUUGUUGAUGAUCGUUAUUCAUAUGAACACGUUUCAUUUCGAGCAAAUCAUCUGAUACCUUAUUGUCGACGUCCAUUAUCAAUCGAUCGUACUAAUAUAAUACAAGGAUAUAUAGAAAAUACAUAUACAUUUAAAAAUUUAAGUUUACAAGGAGUUACGAGUGAAAAUCUUCUUCAAUGGUCAAUAUCGAUUGAUAUAAUUGAACAAUAUUUUAUAUAUCUCAUUAAAAAUGAUACAAAAUUCGAUGAAUUUGUUUUUAAUAAUUGUUCAUCAUUAUGGUUUGGUUCGAAUUGUCAAUAUACAUUUCAUUUGAAUAUGUUUAUUGAAUCAUUUGGGGAUUUCGUAAAUUCUUCAUUUAUAGCUCGUAGAGGCUAUUACGGAAAAAUUUUAAUACAUACUUGUUAUCCUCAUUUAUCUGGAUGUAAUCGUGGUCCUGAACCGAUGUGUUUAGAUUGGCGUGAAAUAUGUGAUGGAAAAGUUGAUUGUAUUGGAGAUAAUCUUGGUAUAGAUGAAGAAUAUUGUAACGAACUUGAAAUAAAUGAAUGUAAAGAAGAUGAAUAUCGAUGUCAUAAUGGAGCACAAUGUAUUCCACUUGAAUUCUUUCGUGAUGAUCACCAAAGUAAAGAUUGUUUGGAUGGAACAGAUGAGGCUGAAGAUGAUAGUUUGGAGGCAAUUGCGCUUGAUAGACAACGUUUCGACUGUAUCGAAUCAAUGAUGUUCGCUUGUGAAGAGAGAACAUGUCGUCAACCACAUGAAUUUUCAUGUGGCGAUGGAAGUUGUACAAAUUAUUAUACUGUUUUUUAUCUUUUUGAUUUUUACCAAAUUGCUUGUCGAGGUACAGGUCGUGCUGCCUACUAUCGUCAGGCAAUGUAUAAAUCCGUCAAACAAUAUUCGGAUGAUUGUUAUCUUUUAUUAUACUGUAAACUCGGUUUUUAUAACGUUCUCCAAAAUGAUACAUACAAUAUAACACAUUGUUUACGUGCAAAUUGGUUAUCAAUAGAUUGUACAUUAGAAUAUCUUUCAUUUCCUCGUGAACCUAUCUUCUAUGGUUAUUUUCAACCUACUUAUUCAAAAAAACUUUUGAUCAAUAGUGGUAAUGGUGCUGGAUGGCCACAAUACAUCUGUACCGAUCCACGAUUAUGUUUAUACUUGCCAAAAACAACAAAUCGUAUCAAUGGUUUAGAUUGUCGUCUAGCUCCUAGAUAUGAAUUUCAUCGUCCGAGUUUGGCACCUCGAUUACGAAAUGAUUCUGAGAUGUGUGGAUUUAUGGGAAAUAUUAUUAAGUAUAAAUCAAAUUCAUCUUUAUUUUAUUGUAAAAAAUCUGAUAAAUAUAUAUCGAAACAUCGUCUCAUUGAUGGUAUUCUGGAUUGUUAUUAUGGUGAAGAUGAAAGUUAUAGCGCUAGUUGUUCAUUAAAUGAUACUCAACGUUUUAAUUGUACAUCAGAAAAAAAAUGUUUAUCACCUAUAGGUAUUGGCCUUGAUAAACCUCAAUGCAAAGAUGGAGAAGAUGAACACUUUGAAAAUCAGGAAAUAUUUGUAUAUUCACAUCUUUGUAAUCAUAUAAAUCAGAAUGCACAGUUACCACCAGAAGACGAUGGGGAACACGAUGAAAACAAUUGUGAAUGGUGGCCUUGUCAUACUCCAUACACUCGAUGUGAUAAUAUUUUUCAAUGUGCUAAUGGUAUCGAUGAAUUAAAUUGUCCUAAUGUUAAUUGUAAUAUUAAUGAAUUUAAAUGUGAAAUUAUUAAUUCAACUAAAAAUUAUUAUUGUAUUCCUCAAGAAUAUAUUUAUGAAAAACCAGUCGAUUGUAUUAAUCACAAUUUUAAUAAUAUUCUAUGUCGAAAUAUAUUUUAUUCGAAUAAUUUAACAUUUAAUAUCAAUAAAGAAUAUAUAUCAUGGAAAGAAAAAACUUGCUUAACAAAAAAUGAUAUUUGUGGUUAUUCAUCGACUAAUGAUCAAAAAUUAAUAUGCAAUAUUGUUGAAAAAGAAAACAUUCGUUUUAACUCUACAUUCUCAGUAGAUUUGUAUAAUAAUGGAACAUCAUGUAACCUAGUCGAUCAUGAUUAUGAUCGUCUCUAUUCUGUUUAUUACUUUUCUACAUGGAAUUUGGGAUAUUUUCCACCAAUAAUAAAUGAAACAUCAUUAUCAUCUCAACAAUCUAUCAAUACUAAGCCAAAAAAACCUCUCGAAAUCAAAACUAGUAUUGAAUUAAUUGAAUAUUGUAAUCGUGGAAUUGUUAUAUUUGAAGGAAAAUCACUUGAAAAGAAAUGUUUAUGUCCACCUAAUUAUUACGGUGAUCGAUGUCAAUGGCAAAAUCAACGUAUUAGUUUAACAUUUCAAAUACGUCCAGCAGGUUCACAUGAAAAUAAAUUUUCUAUUUAUGACAUAUUUAUUUAUUUAAUUGAUGAUAAAAAUCAAAUAAUACAUAAUUAUGAAAAAAUUAAUUAUAUUUCAUCAAAAGAUUGUAAUACAAAAUACAACCGUUAUUUACUCUAUCCUGAUCAACCAAAAAAUGUCAAUCAUACAUAUUCAAUACGUAUUGAUAUUUAUGAAAAAUCAACAUCAUUAAAUUAUUAUGGAAGUUGGAAUUUAUCUAUUCCAUUUCCAUUUUUACCAGUUAAUCGUAUAGCAACACAACUCCGUAUUCCAUCAGAAAAAUCUCAACCAUUAACAAAUUGUUCAAUUCAAUGCGGGACAAAUGGAAAAUGUUUUAAAUAUUUUAACUCAACAAAAGAAUUAUGCCAUUGCGAUCAAGGUUAUUCAGGUCGUUUUUGUAAUAUAACAUAUCAACAUUCUUGUUCAUCGGAUUCAAUUGCGUUAAAUUCAUCAAUUUGUUUAUGUCCAUUAAAUAAAUUCGGUUCGAAAUGUUAUAUACAACAUAAAUAUUGCCAAUCGAAUAAAAGUUCAUGUCAAAAUAAUGGCAAAUGUAUACCUUAUAAUUACCAUACAAAUUAUGAUGAUUUUUUUUGUUUAUGCUCUGAAAAUUUUAUGGGAUCUCAUUGUGAAUAUCAAUCAAAUAGAAUAAAUAUUAAUUUUAAAAUCGAUUCAAUCCCACCAUUAGUUUUUGCUCAUUAUAUUAUUUCACACCAUGAUAAAAAGCAUGAAAGAACAAUAAGAUUUAAAAACAUUCCAUUUGAUCAAUAUUCAAUUGAAUUAUUUUAUACAACUCCAUUUAAUUUAUUAUUUAUUGAAUUUGAAAAGAAUUAUUAUCUUAUUGUAGUAAGAGAAAAACCAAUUCAAUCUGAAAAUAUUGUUACUAAUAUAAAUCAAGAUAAUAAGUGUGAAAAUAUAAGUAAUUUUUUAAAUUCAACUGUACUUAAUUAUAAAACUCUUCGUCGAUUAAAAUAUUAUCAAUUACCAUGUAUAGAAAAUCUCAAAUUAAAAUGUUUUUAUGAUGAGAAAUAUAUGUGUGUUUGUGAUAAAAAUCGAUAUUCAAAUUGUUUUGUUUUUGAUCAUGUGUCCUAUGAUUGUCAAGGUAAUAAUUAUUGUAACAAUGGCUCAUGUGUUCAAGAUAAUUUAAUUUGCCCAUCAACUUCAGCAUGUAUAUGUGACAAAUGUUAUUAUGGAAGUAAAUGUCAAUUUAGUAGCACGGGUUUUAGUACAUCACUUGAUGUUAUAUUUGGAUAUCAUAUUAAACCAUUUAUAUCGUUUACAAAACAAUCCAAAGCAGUGAAAAUAACAGCAUCAAUAACAAUCCUUAUGUUAAUAUUUAG